AAGUAGCGGCUCACUUUGCCAAUCCAAAAACGUUCGGAGCCACGAUCAGUUCACAAUUCCACAACCAAUUCAUAACGAGAUCAUAAACUAAAUAGUGCGGUUGACUUUUUUUUCUCUUUUCGUGAAGUUUCAUUUUCAAGUGACCGUUGUGAGAACAUUUUUUGUUUACGUUAUAAGAGAGUGUAGGACGCGCUAUUUAUUUUCGUAAUUUUCAUAAAAAAUUAUCAUUACCACAAAUUUAACACGCUGGAAUUACCGUUAUCAUUUUUUGUUGUAAAAAUACAAGUGUUCCGAAUUUGUGCGUGCUAAAAACUAAAUUGGGGAAAAAGGGAAUAAAAAAUGGCAGCCGAUAUUUUAAAGAAUACCUGGCGAAGUACAAAAAUAGACGUUAAAGAUAAAUCGGACAAAGAGCUUGAGUUGAGUGAUUUGGCAUUAAAAACCGCUCGCAAGGAAUUACGUGAAGAUCGUAGUGCCCGUGAACAGUGUUUGGAACAGCUAUUAAAUUGGCUAAAUAAAAAUGAAGAUAUUGAAAAUGUACGCACUGAUGAUCGUUUCCUAUUGCGAUUUUUGCGUGCAAAAAAAUUCAGCGUACCAAUGGCACAACAGAUUAUUUUAAAAUAUUUGAAUUUGAAACGUGUCUUCCCACAAAUGACUGCCAAUUUGGACUAUAAGAGCAAAUCUGUACAUGAAAUUUUGACCAAUGGAUAUUUAACAGUAUCACCAGUUCGCGAUCAACAUGGACGUCGUGUUAUCAUCGUUCGUGCAUCUUGUUUCAAUCCAAAACUCUAUACCAGCUAUGAUAUGGCAAAGGCACAUUUUGUUGCGCUCGAAACAUUACUUGAAGAUCCCGAAAAUCAAGUGCUUGGCUUCACACAUAUAUGCGAUAUCACGGGAAUAACAGCCGCUCAUAUUACCAAUUGGAGUCCGAGCGAUUUUUCGCGCAUUCUCAACUGGGGCGAACAAUCGGUGCCAGCUCGUCAUAAAGCCGUUCAUUUGAUUAACGUACCGCAUGCUGUAAAAUUUGUUCUCGACUUUGCCAAAUCAAAAGUUAGUGCCAAAAUGAAGGAUCGCUUCCAAGUGCACACAAACAUGUAUGAAUUGCAUAAAAAGGUCGAUAAAUCAUGUUUACCAGUUGAAUUAGGUGGUAAUAUUCCCAUGAAUGAAAUGAUUGAAUAUUGGACAUCGGAAAUGGAAGCGAAACGUGACGUUUUAGUAGCUUUAGAUCAAAUGAUCUUGCACACCGAUCGUGGCAUUGUACGGCGUCAUGAUAAAAACAACAAUAACACGAACAAAAAUAGUAUGAAUUCGAUGCAAGCCAAUUUUGAUUCACUUUCAGGCUCUUUUCGAAAAUUGGAAGUCGAUUAGUUUUGUGCGCACACAUGUCUAGAUAGACGGUUACGUUUUAGCGGCAAAAAAAUAUGCCAAAUUGUAUUAAUUUGUAUGUGUAUAUUUAAAUAAAUUUUAAAAUUAAUGAAGAUCAACAUUUAUUUUCAAAACUUUUUAAGAAAUGUGUGUAAUGCAUUAGAAAUGUGACACACCAAAAAUUACAUGAUUGACUUUAAAAUAGCAAAAUAUGAAUAAAAUCAUUAAUUUUGACGUAUAAGACACUAUUAAUUAGCACCGCGUGAGAUUUAACUCACAUUUGACCAUUCUGUUCAACAAACAACAAUCCUGUUCAUCUAAAUAUUUUGGCAUUGACUUAAGUUUUCAAGAAGUUUUUAGGUUCUAAAUGUGGA